CCCAUCAAGCUGAAACGUGACUACCUAAACAUGACAGUUUAAUACUUUUCUUCAUAUUCACUUUUCCGCUCCAGAAAAAAAACGUUUAUGGACAGGUUGGACGUAUGUAAGGGGUCUAUCCGUCGUGGUGGGUGACAGCUUUUUUUAUGUAUUUAUAUUACUUUGACCACCAAACCAAAGCCGAAAAUGCUGACCGCCGUCAGGGUCGGACGAAAUGUGUUGUAUACAUGCAAACGACUUUCAGAAAACAAGUAUUCCGCGUUGCCGUACAUGAGUGACUGUACGCGUAAUGUGACAUCUUCAGGCAGUAGUAGACCUAUGUCCACGACGUCUACGGAACCAGUUGUCAUUCGUAUCCCCAAACUUACGCAGGAUCGUAUUGAAACAACGAGACAGAUCAAACGGAGAACGGAGAAGGUUCCUCUAAUCAAACCUGGCAAACUGCUAAUUAAAAGCAAGAAUCCACAACUAAACCAGUCAGUAGGAUAUACAUUUGGGAAAUUUGAGGAGGCACGCUUGUGCUCCAGAGGCUGGAAACACAAUAAAUCAUGUGGUGACUAUUUUACCAUAAACAGCAUUCAGACUGUGCCACCAUUUGUCACUGAAUUUGAACAGAGCGACUUGGACCCAGACAAGUCUAUUACGUUUAAUACAUUUCAUGUUCGUCAGGAAUUGGUGGAGAUUUUGCGUCGCGAGAAUAUAAUCCAUCCCACAUCUGUGCAGAGGAAGGUAAUUCCGAAACUGCUGCGUGGCCAUAACGUCCUGUGCGCAGCUGAGACCGGUAGCGGCAAAACGCUCACUUACUUGCUGCCAAUUAUUCAUGACCUGCUGGAGAAGAAAGAAAGAACUUCUGCUGACACAAAUACUCAUGCUGUUAUUCUGGUGCCUUCUCGAGAGUUGGCCGAGCAAGUAGUGGUGAUGACGCGAUUGCUUAGCCAGGAGUUUAACUUGAAGGUAAAGGUGCUUGGAGGCGGCAUGGGUGUUGGCAACAUCAAAGCAGCCUUCACCCGUGGUCAACCAGAUGUUUUAGUGACCACUCCUGGUGCUCUACUUAAAGCCACACAGAGGAAGUAUGUGGACUUAAGCCAUCUUAGAUUUAUGGUCGUGGAUGAGGCUGACACCAUGUUUGAUCCCAGCUUUUCAGACAUGCUAGAGAAAAUCUUGCUGCACACACAUGUUGCCUCCACAGUGUCUGAGACCCGCGGCUUACAACCAAAAGCUCAAUUAGUUUUGGUGGGGGCCACGUUUCCGGAGGGUGUGGGAGAGGUGAUCAGCAAGGUGACAGACCUUGGAAGCAUCUUGACUAUCAAAAGCCAGAGGCUCCACCACCUAAUGCCUCAUGUAAAGCAGACUUUUGUGAAAGUGAUAGGUGCUGACAAACUGCUGGAGCUGAAUCAUGCCCUGAAGAAGGUUGAGCAGGAUGGGGCUGGCGUACUGGUCUUCUGUAACUCUGCGUCUACUGUGAAUUGGCUGGGAUUUUCCUUGGAUGAAUUGGGUGUCCGCCACAUGCGCCUACAAGGUGAGAUGCCAGCCGCCAUGAGAGAGGGAAUUUUCCGGAACUACCAGAAAGGCCUGGUUGACGUACUGGUUUGCACAGACAUUGCCUCCCGAGGCCUUGACACCCAGAGGGUGAAACUGAUUGUGAACUACGACUUCCCUGUGAGCCACACAGACUACAUUCACCGGGCAGGGAGGGUGGGCCGGGCAGGCGGUCAGGCUGAGGGAGAGGUGCUGAGUUUCGUCACCCACAAGUGGGACGUGGAGCUGGUGCAGAAGAUUGAGAUUGCUGCUCGGAGAAGAACCUGUCUACCUGGGAUGGAAUCUGAAAUACACAAGCCUAGCCCCAAAGAAGAUGAAGAUGAAAACUUGUGACCUUCUUGUAAUGUCUUUGCUGUCUAGAUAGUCAUCUAAAAUUCAAAUCUAUUUAAUUGAAUCUCCAGUGUAUAUGUUGUCUCAACACACAGGACAUGAUAUUGUAAACUGAAUUAUUGAUUAAUCAUCAAUCAUCAUAUAAAAACAAGUAUAAAUGCUUUGUGGUAUGUGUGGCAUGUAUAUGAUUCACCUUGGUACAACUCUGAGUGAAGCUGAAAAAGCUACAGUAUACUGUACAUUAUACACUAUAUGCCAAACCAACUUUAAUAAGUUACAUGUGAAUCUAUAUCUAGCACCUGUGCAUUUUAAGGAAAUGCAACUCUUAACAUGUACUAGCCAGGGGGUUAUAAUGAUUGAAGGAGUUGCUUCAGUACAGUUUUUUUUAUAUACAUUUUGUUUUAUUAUACAACAGCUUUUUUUAGAGUCAUAUUUCCUGAGAGAUUUUUCUCAAGGGGUAUUCUUGCAGGAGUUACAGCAGCUCUGAAAAUACUUCACAGUGUUCUGCAUGGUUCUUUUGUACAACUAGAAUAUAUGUUGAUGGGAUUAAUACUGAAACAUUGUUCCUUAUUUUAACACUUCCUCUGCUGUAAUGUUUGUGAUUGACAGAAGACACCACAAAACUAGUGUAACAAUCAAAUGAACCUAAUCUGCACACAGUCUACAGUACACCAUGCCUACUCAUAGAAAAACAUUGAAUGUGGCAUAGUGAAAAGCACAAUACACAACCUUUCAUUUUACAUUUACAAAACAUUACAGACUGCAAGCACAGUAGAACCCAUUUAAAAUGCAUUACAAUGUAAUAAACAGAUGUUUUACAUCAUAUGAAUUUCUAAUGUAUACUUGGCCAAUUACGCAGUAAGCGCUUAAAACCUCUGGCCAAUGGCAAAAUCACUGUCCUGAGCAAACAAGAAAACCGUUUGCAUUAUACUUUAAUUCAAACGUCCAAAAUAAUUUCAGUAGGAUCUUUGCCUGUAUUUGUGGUGUAGGCCUAAUUGUAUUUAUGUACAAUGUCAAGAAAUAACCUCAGGUUAGAAUCAAACCGUGUCCUCGUGGGUACUUAGACCCAAAUAGUCAGGAGGCUGUCAUAUGCAGCUUAGCUCCUCAGUGGCCUGCACAUGUUUUUAUAGAAUUAAAACAUUGUCUUCAGAUCAUAAUGAACAACCCUUUUAGCUGUCCAGAAAUACAGACUAUAUACAUUCACAGAUGCAUCCAUUUAGA